AUGGCAUUCAGCUGUCUUCCUCGCCUAAUAUGGGAGCAGAUAAUGAGCUGUUUGCCACCAGUGCACUUUUAUGAAGCCCGCUGUAUCAUUGGGGAAGAUCUUAUUGAUCAGACAUUGGAAUUAAAAUCUGAAAUUAUUUCUGUUUUAGAACUAGCCAAUAAUAAGGAUUCUUUUCUACCAACCUCUCUAGAUUCUUCAAAUUGCUCAACUGACGUGGAGUAUUUCUCUUUCCUUUAUUUAAAUUCCAUUGAAAAAUCGAAGCAGGAUAAUCGUGAACAAACAUUUGAUGGUUUGAAAGAAGAAUCUGAACUUGAAUGUUACACUCAAAAAAUAAGAAAUGCUAUACUUGCUGAAAUCUCACAUUUGAAAACUUACUUACAAAAUAUUCAGAAUUCUCUUUUGGAAAGCUUCAGUACAUUAAAUCAUGAACAGGAGAAUAUCAGUCAAACCCUUCAAGUGGAUUCAAUAUCAUCCAAACCAAAAACAGUUCACAACAAUUCAAUAACUAACCAGAAAAUGUCUUGCGGUUUAGAGUUCCUCCUUAGUCAAGAUUCAGUUAAUGGGUUACUUAGCUAUUCAAAUGUUCCUUGUUCAUCAGUUUCAUUGUCAAAUCGAUCAUCAAGUGAUACUUCCUCUUCUUCAUCUUCAUCCAGUAAAUCUAAGAGAAAAUCAAUUCAUGAUUUGUUGUCUCUUCAUCAGAAUUCGAAUCACUGCACACAAAUGCAAAUGUUGUCUUUAGAAAAUAACAAAACUAUUACAAAUAGUAAUAAUGUCCUACGGAAAUCAAUAACUACCUAUAAAUUAUCCACCUCAGAGACAAAACAAUUACAAAAUGAUGCAAAUCAAAAAUUUGAUGAACAAAUUCAUUUACCUGAUAUUUCAAAUUCAUUAACAUCAAAUUCAUUUAAACAAUUAAAACAAAAAUCUUAUUUAAUCAAUAAAUCUCAAUUAAUCAAUCAAAAUGUAUUAUAUAAAUCAGAUUCAAAUCAAUUAUAUAAUAUAAAACAAAUAUAUUCUAAUGAUAAUCGUUAUAAUUCAGCACAAAAAUUUCGACAAAUGAUAUUAAAAGCACGUCAAGAUAGUGGAAAUUAUUAA